AUGCUCAAUGGAACUGUUCCUUGGCAUGGGAAAUCAGCUGAUGAAAUAUAUGACCUUGUCAGAAAACAGGAGAAGCCACUUAUUCCAAGUGGUCUUCCUCCUCCGGUUGAGAAAAUUCUUCUUGGCUGCUUCGAGCAUGACUUCAGAAACCGUCCUUUGAUGAAAGACAUAUUGCAUGUGUUUAAAAGGUUCAGCUCAGAGAUUGGAGGUGAAGGUGAUGGGCGUUGGACAGAACUUGGGAGCACAACUGUGUCGGAAAGAAAAAGUAGCACCACUGGCUAUACAGAGAUGUUUCUUUCAAAAGAUUAUUUGCUAGUGGGUGAUACAGUGCGUUCCAGAAAGCCACCUAACUCCUGCAAACCUGAAAAUAUGGAUGUUCCGGGAGGAACCGUGGUGGGAGUAGAACAUAGCGCAGAUCGAGAUGGUUUUGUUUUGGUGAGAGUUCAUGGCAUUCACGAUCCAUUAAGAGUUAAGGUUUCAACACUAGAGAGGGUCACUUUUGGCUUAGCAGCUGGGGACUGGGUACGCUUGAAGGAAGAAGACAGACGGCACUCAUCAGUAGGUAUUCUCCAUUCCAUCGACCGUGAAGGAAGUGUUGCUGUUGGAUUCAUAGGGUUAGAAACUCUUUGGAAGGGAAGUUCUUCUCAAUUUCAGAUGGCGGAAACUUUCUGCGUCGGUCAGUUUGUUACACUGAAAUCUAAUGUGCUUAGUCCGCGCUUUGCAUGGCCUCGAAAAAGAGGAGGUACAUGGGCUACUGGGAAAAUUUGCUGGAUCCUGCCAAAUGGAUGCCUAGUUGUCAAGUUCCCUGUUAGGUUAACUUUUGAAGAUGAACUCGGCGAUAUUUUGGCUGAUCCAGCUGAAGUGGAAGUGGUUUCCUUCAAGAAUUAUCCAGGAGUGUUGAAGAAAUAUCAACAUCUUGAGGACAUUCAUUGGGCUGUGAGGCCACUUCUGGUUGCAUUGGGUGUAUUUACAGCAAUCAAGGCGGGAUCUUUUGUCGGAAAGAGAAUUGGGAGGUCGAAAGUGAAGCGACAUAGCGGUGUAAUUCAUAGCGAUGUCCAACAUAUUGAUCAUACUAGCACCGGCAACCCGACUUGGCUUCCACCACCUGUGGCAAAAAUUAUUUUCAGGGAAGGUGCUACUCGGUAGUUUCCUGGUCCAGUCCAUACAACCAGGAAGCUUCUUUUAACUUUGUUCAUUUACUGUACUAAAUUUUUGGUGAUUUAACUCGAC